AUGGCUCAUGUGGGAUACUUGAAAAACGAUUUAGAGGACUGGGCAUGUUCAAUGGAUCUGAAGAUACUUUCGAAGGUCUCUGAGACUCGUCUGAAGAACCUGAUGGACUGGGACUCGUUGGCUGUGAAACACCAGCCGGUGUCACAUGUCCCGGGAUGGUUGAACGGGAGCCAUCUCCACUUGAACGGCGUUCAAGUCGUCGUCGAGGCGAAUCCGGGACCUAUGUCUAUCGAUCAGGCCAAGCAGUUUAACGACAUGUUCAAACUCUUGCAAGAUGUAAAUGAACGUACGGUCAAGAUUGACCAAGGCCAAGCUAGCCUAAUUAAGUCUAUUAACGAGUUAAAAAGUAAGCAAGAAUCCGUCGAACUAAAGGUUACCGACAUCCAAAAUCGGCUCGAAGGCGUUGAGUGCAAAGUAGCAACUUUCGAUGCAACCCGGGAAGAACUCUUGGCUGCCGAGGGAUUAAUGCAGUCUGUUAUUAAGGACAACCAAAGACUGCACGAGCGCCUGAACGAUAUUGAGGACCGCUCAAGAAGGAGCAAUAUUAUCUUUCACGGUAUUGAAGAUUCCACCUCUGAAUCUUGGGAACAGUCUAAAGUAAAAAUAUUAGAUAGGUUAUCUACUUCACUUAGUCUGCAAGUUUCUGACGAAUGCGUUGAACGUGCUCACAGGCUUGGCUCGUACGCAGUCGGAGGAUGCAGGCCACUGAUUGUCAAGUUCUCUUCUUUCAAAACAAAACAAACAAUUUUGCAAUCACGACCUAAGCUUAAAGCCUGCGGCAUAACGGCUAAUGAAGAUUUUUCUCCGGCUACGCGCCUAGCAAGACAGAAACUUUUUGAUUUUGGAAAAUUACAAAAGAGCGUCUUCCAACUACGCUACAAUAAGCUUUACGUGAACAAUAAAUGUUUCAUGUAUGAAAAUGCGAACGACAGGGUGUAUGAAGUUGGAAAUGACAGAAGGCCGGGCAAGAGCAAUUCAAAUACAAGAAGCCCUGGAGGCGAUAAUAAUCAACCUUCCUCAUCGUUGCAAAAUAACGUGGCACCAAACUUAAAUGCCCGCGCAGCAUCUGCCCGAUCUGCCUUGCCCUAACAUAGUGCGAGGGGUAGUGGU